AACAAAAAAAUAUGCACAAUACGCCGCAUUUAUGUAUCCACUGUAAGUUUAUAUUUAUGUACCUACUCCGUUCACGCGCGCACUCUUUUCAUCAUUUCUUUUUAACAAAAUGAGGGAUUAACAAAAUUUCUCCUUCGAUUUUUCCACUUCCCUAUAUACUUGAAUAAAUUUUCUUUUUUUUUACACCCCAUUGAGAUAACAUACGUCACAUAGCAUAAUCACCUAUGAGUAAGUGCAAGAAAAAGUAAACGUAUUUUAGCGUGUUCUCCUGGAUGAGAAAUACUGACCUCCCCAUGCUCGUACGCAUUUCUGUAUAAUAAUAACAAAGUUUGAAAAUGCUAUCAUUCGUGAAAAGCGUUGGCAGAGGUUUCGCGCGUAGCUACACCUGGUGUAAAAGUGCAAGUUUUCGAAGAUUUUUCAGCGAAGACUAUUUUUGGACGAAAGCAAAUGUCGGCCCAUUCUUCAUUGUCCUUCUAACUACGCCCUAUUGGUUGGGAGGCAUAAAGAAUAUUUAUUGGACGCUGCGCUACGAGCAAUUAAACAAACAGGAAAUACUUUCUGACCGAUUCACCUGGUUGUACGAAAGGAUGUUAGAAGACGAAGUACAUAAGACCCUCUUGCAGAAGCUACCCUCCUACAACUUUAAAAAUAAUGGCCCAGAAAAUAUGUUAGGCCCAAGCCAAAUAUGACCUUCCCUCCGCUGCUCCAUUAUAUGUACUGUUCAGCGAUACCAGUCAGAAUUAUUUUUAAUGUGCAACACUGCAAAUGAAAUUUUCUCCUUACUUCACCCUCCUUUUGAACACUCUAAUAUUACCCUAUAUGAAAAUAUGA